AUGACAGGUGAUUGGGGAUAUAGAGGAGAAAAAAUUAGAUUCCUGUCCUCAGAAAUUUUUGUCAAAAUGAGACAAAAUGUGAAGCUUGACAAAAUGAUAGCACGUGAAAGUUACCAGAAGAAAGGGAGUAAGUAUUCCUGUCCCCUCAAAGAUCCUUCUAACUGGACUAAGAAUCAAAUUGACAGGAAACAGAUCCACAGGAGAAAAUCAAAUUUUAUAGUUUAUGUACAGGGAAUCCGCACAGACAUGGGAAUUCCAAAGACAGUCAGGUAUCAGCAACCCAAGCAGCAAGCAGGGCUGGCCCCGGGACACGCGGCCCCUGGGCCCCCGCUUCAAGGCUGGGCACUUCAGAAAAAGCUCAUGGCGAAGGGGGGCAAAAAAAAGAAGCAAGUUCUGAAGUUUACCCUUGAUUGCACCCACCCUGUAGAAGAUGGAAUCAUGGAUGCGGCCAAUUUUGAGCAGUUUCUUCAGAAGAGAAUCAAAGUGAAUGGAAAAGCUGGAAAUCUCGGUGGAGGGGUGGUAACCAUUGAAAGGAGCAAAAGCAAGAUCCCUGUAACUUCCGAGGUGCCUUUUUCCAAAAGGUAUUUGAAAUAUCUGACCAAAAAGUACUUGAAGAAGAAUAACCUCCGCGACUGGCUGCGUGUGGUGGCCAACAGCAAGGAGAGCUACGAGCUACGCUACUUCCAGAUCAACCAGGACGAGGAGGAGGAGGAGGAGGAGGACGAGGAUUUGAAGUCCUGUGUCUGGGAUAUUUUGUAUAAUCUUUAAAUAAAAUCUAGGAAUCACCAAAAAAAAAAAAAAAAAAAA